AUGGAUAAUAGAAGCUUAAGGCAAUUGACUGCACCUGAUGUUAAGUAUCAGUCUUUUUGCAUUCGUUAUCUUGAUACUGGUUUUAAACUUAAGUCUGGUCUUAUCCAUUUGCUUCCCAAGUUUCAUGGUCUUGCAGGUGAAGAUCCAUAUAAGUAUUUGAAAGAGUUUCAUGUAGUCUGCAACACAAUGAAACCGCAAGGAGUUGAUGAGGAGCAGGUCAAACUGAGAGCCUUUCCUUUUUCCCUCGAUGGAGGAGCUAAGGAUUGGCUGUACUACCUUCAGCCUUCAUCUAUCGAAACUUGGAAUGACAUGGCCAGAUUGUUUUUGGAGAAGUUUUUUCCGUCCUCAAGAGCCACUUCAAUCAGAAAGGAGAUAAGUGGCAUAAAACAAGCAAAUGAGGAAAACUUGCAUGAGUACUGGGAGCGGUUUAAAAGACUUUGUGCAAGUUGUCCACAUCACCAGAUUCCGGAGCAAUUGCUGAUUGUCUACUUCUAUGAGGGAUUGCUACAUAUGGAUAGGAACCUGAUUGAUGCUGCCAGUGGAGGAGUUCUUGUUAACAAAACACCCAAUGAAGCUAAGGCGUUGAUCUCAAACAUGGCUGCAAAUGCUCAACAGUUUGGAACGAGAGCCAAUAGCAGUGUUGUGUACCAGGUGCAAGAAACUCCGACCCAGCCUUCAGCAGUGGCAUCAAGUGCUGACAAUCAGCAAAUUGAAAAUAGACUUGAUGAAUUGGCAACCAUGGUGAGACAGUUGGCAGUUACCCAGACAGUCCAGACUUCUGUUCCACAGUUCGGCAAUCCAUGUGGCAUAUGCAGUGAUCAUUUUCACUCCACUGAUGCUUGCCCUUCUCUACAAGAGGGCUCCAUUCCUGCAGACCAGUCAGUAGCUGCAGUCUUUCCUGGGAAACCACAGUUCCAGCAGCAGCAGAGUAAUCCAUUCUCCAACACUUACAAUCCUGGCUGGAAGAAUCAUCCCAACCUCAAAUGGAACCAGAAUCAGCAAAAUGUUCCAUAUCAGCAGAGUCAACAAAAUUUUCCAUACCAACAGAAGCAGCAGUUCAUUCCACAGCAGAGACAAAACUUCCAGCAACCUGCUCCUCAACAGUUACAACAACAACCACUAGUGCAGCAGCAAAACAGUGUCAGUGGUCCUUCGUUGGAGGACUUAAUGAAACAGAUGGCCACCAACAAUCUGGAGUUUCAACAGAGGACAGAAUCCACAAUCCAGAAUUUGCAGACACAGAUCGGGCAAUUGGCGACAUCAAUGAACCAGCAAAUGGAGGAGCCAAACCAAGCUGCUGUUGAGUCAUCUAAGGGAGGUGACACUAGCUCCAAGAAGCAGAGCACUGAUACAUCUGAUGUCCAUAUCCCUCUGCCUUUCCCUCAGAGAGCCACUCAGUCCAAGAAGCAAUCAGCAAAGGCUCGAGAUAAAGAGAUACUUGACACCUUCCGAAAAGUUGAGGUGAACAUCCCUCUUCUGGAUGCAAUACAGCAGAUUCCGAGAUAUGCCAAGUUUCUAAAGGAGCUGUGCACCAACAAGAGAAGACUGAAAGGAGAUGAGCAAGUUAACCUGAGUCAGAAUGUAUCAGCACUCAUCCAGCCUAUGCCUAAAAAAUGUCAAGAUCCAGGGACAUUUACUAUUCCUUGUGUAAUUGGCAAUUCUGUUUUUCAUGAUUGCAUGCUAGACUUAGGGGCUUCCAUUAAUGUCAUGCCUGAAUCUGUAUAUAAGUCUCUUGGACUUGGUCCUUUGCGUGCUACUAGUAUUGUGGUUACAUUAGCUAACAGGAGUAGUAUUCACCCAUCUGGUUUGAUUGAGGAUGUAUUGGUCAGAGUUAAUAAUCUGAUUUUUCCUGCUGACUUCUACAUUUUAGAAAUGGAGAGUGAGACUGCUACUAAUAGAUCACCAAUUAUACUUGGUAGGCCUUUCAUGAGAACAGCUAGAACAAAGAUAGAUGUUCAUUCUGGUACUCUAUCCAUGGAAUUUGGUGAUAGCAUUUUACAUUUUAGUAUAUUUGAUUCCAUGAAGCAUUCUAAGGUUCAGGUUGAUCAUUCAGUUUCAUGCAUAAAAGUGAUUCAUGAUGUGGCUGAUAAGGUUGAUUUUGAAUUGAUUAGUGAUUGUGCAUUACCUGUGGAUUAUGACUUGCCUAUUAAUGUUAAUUCUGAAUGUGUACUAAAUGCGAAGUUAUGCAAGACUCCCCAUUCUGGUAAUGAUUUUGAUCCUAACUCUCAUGGACCCAAGAUGAAAUGGGUACCAAAAAGUUCUUCCUCUAUUUUUAGUAUGCAGAAAAGUUUGCAUAAGGUUGGAAGAAAGGAUCAAGAGAAGAAGAAAUACACACAGAAAAGAAAGCCCCCAAAGUUGCGUGAUAAGCAGAUGGGGAAGACUUGCACAAUGAUUUGCCAUCACCUCAAAGUUGUUAAUGAAGGACCCCAGAAGCAACCUGUGGAGACAGAGGCUCUGCUCAUUGAUGCUACUUAUCCUCCUUAG